AUGGCUCCCAAGAUUGCUAUCGUCUUCUACUCGCUCUAUGGCCACAUCCAGAAGCUGGCUGAGGCCGAGAAGAAGGGUAUUGAGGCCGCUGGUGGCCAGGCCGACAUCUACCAGAUCGGCGAGACCCUCUCUGAGGAGGUUCUGACCAAGAUGCACGCUCCUGCCAAGUCCAGCUACCCCGUUGCCGAGCCCAACGACCUAUUGCAGUACGAUGCCGUUCUGUUUGGUAUCCCUACCCGCUACGGUAACUUCCCUGCUCAGUGGAAGACCUUCUGGGACGCUACCGGUUCCAUCUGGGCCACUGGUGGUUACUGGGGCAAGUACGCCGGUCUCUUCAUCUCCACUGGCACUCAAGGUGGUGGCCAGGAGUCUACUGCCAUCUCUACCAUGAGCACCCUCACUCACCACGGGUUCAUCUACGUUCCUUUGGGUUACAAGACCACCUUUGCCCAGCUGGCGAACUUGGAUGAGAUCCACGGUGGUAGCCCCUGGGGUGCUGGUACCUUUGCUGGUGCCGACGGUUCCCGCCAGCCCACCGCUCUUGAGCUGUCCAUUGCCGAGGCUCAGGGCAAGGCCUUCUACGAGACUGUUGCUAAGGCCAACCAUGGCGAGUCGAAGCCCGAGAUAUCGACCCCUGUUGCGAAGAAGACCGAGCAGCCCUCCCAGGGACAGCAGGGUACUCAGCCAGCUGUGAGGGAGAAGAGUAAUGAAGGACCAUGCGGCUUGCCCAAGAACUGCACUAUUCAAUGA